GAGGGCGCCUUCCGCCCAAUAUGUGCCUGAGCGGUAGAUAACCGCGCAGAUCUGAUAGUCUUUCAGCCAGUCGCGCAAGAAACGCGGGGGUUGACGGACCGAAGUAACCAGACUUUUGCGCUCCUUGGGAUGGUGCGAGACUGCCGUCUCGCCAUGGGCCCACUCGCAGUAUUCCUUGCACUGGUGGCCGUGGCCAGUGCCACCACCACUCAACAGCCCGACGACCCGGCUUACGAGUUGACCUUUCCCGAAGACUUCCUCUUCAGCAGCGCCACGGCAUCUUACCAAAUCGAGGGCGCCUGGAAUAUAAGUGGAAAAGGCGAAAACAUAUGGGACCGCUUGUCGCACGAGCAUCCUGAGUUGAUUCUUGACGGCUCGAACGGGGACGUCGCAUGCGACUCGUACCACAAGUACAAAGAGGACAUCCGCAUCGUGAAAGAGCUGGGGACCAAGGUGUACCGGUUCUCGCUGUCUUGGUCUCGUAUUCUACCGACGGGUGCCAUUGACGUCGUGAACGAAGACGGCUUGCGCUACUACAAUGCCAUCAUCGACGAGUGCAUUGCCAACAAAAUCGAACCAAUGAUAAGUAUUUUCCACUGGGAUCUACCACAGCCUCUCCAGGAUAUGGGAGGCUUCCCCAACGAGGUCAUUGCUGAUUACUUUGUGGACUACGCAGACUUAGUUUUCGAAAAGUUCGGAGACAGGGUCAAGUGGUGGGUGACAGUAAAUGAACCCUGGAGCGUCUGCGCGGACGGAUACGGCGCUGGAGGGAAGGCCCCUGGGAUCAAGUCCGAGGGAAGGGCCGACUACCUGUGCGCGCACACCGUCCUCAAAGCCCAUGCUCGCACGUACCAUCUCUACAAGGACAAGUACUUCGCGACCCAACAAGGUAAACUGGGCAUUGCGGCGAAUUCAAACUUUUACUUCCCGAAGGAUCCAAACAACCCAGACGAUGUGGCGGCUGCAAAGCGAUGGCUCGAUUUUCAGUUGGGUUGGUACACCCAUCCGAUAUUCAGCGCCAACGGAGACUACCCUCCAGAAUUGAAAACACGCGUCCGCGACGCGAGUAUCAACAAACAAAAACUCCACAAGUCCAGACUCCCAGAGUUCACUGCUCAAGAAGUUGCGUACAUAAAGGGCACGGCUGAUUUCUACGGGAUAAACACGUACACCUCCAACCUCGUGGCGGACGCAAAAGAGACGGACCCGAACCGUCCGGCGGUCGGAACGAGGGCCGGGGACUGCGGCAUCACGACAUCAGUGGCUCCGGAGUGGGACGCGACCAUUGCGUCAUGGUUCUAUGUGGCACCGGGUAACAUGCGAGGGCUCCUGAACUGGAUCAAGGACGAAUACAACAAUCCUCCCGUCAUCAUCACGGAGAACGGAUACCCUGACGCCGGAGCGAUUAAGGACGUUCAACGCGUCAAUUAUUACCGCAUGAAUCUUCUGGAGGUGCUGAAGGCAAUUAAUGAUGACAAAUGUAAUGUCAUUGGAUACACUACUUGGAGCCUCAUGGAUAAUUACGAAUGGUUCUACGGUUACGAGCACAAGUUUGGGUUGUACCACGUGGAUUUCAACGACCCGGACCGUCCACGCAUCCCCAAGAUGUCGGCCAAGUUCUACCAGAAGCUCAUCAGCACCCGAAAAGUACCUAAAGAGGGGGACAUAAUUUUCCCUGACGACACAACGACUCAGGCGCCGACAACAAAGUCGCCAACGACGCCUAGAACGCAGCCGCCGCCGGCUUCAACGACUCAGAGAGUGUCGCCCACGACGCCAUCGUCAGCCGCCCGGAACGCGGUCACGGCAUUCUUGGUGGCCUUCACCACGUGCUUGCUGUUUGUGGCAAAGCUUUAAGAAAGGGAUCGGAGGUUCAGCACCAGCCGACCGCGAUACGUUUAAAAAAAGAUUUGUCAUUGUGAAGAAAUCUAGUUUCAAAUGUGUUUGCACGGCGACAGCUGCAAUAGGCUUUUGUAGAUAGCGAGUACGUCAAAUGAAGUGUGGAGAACUCCACUGUCCAUCCACUCCUUGAAGUGUGGAACUCUCCAGGAGUGAUUCUGCUCACUUGACGUGUGGAGUUUGCAGUCCCCACACGUAAAGUGUGGAUUAGCUCGCAGAGACUCUAUCUGCAUACGUGGAGAAAUCCAUACCGUGAAAGCGGGUAAUAUGGGCCACCAGUGGGUGAUGUGGACCACCCCUAAAACUCUUCUAUGUGGUCGGUGAUGCUGCCCACCUGUGGCAUGGAAAACUGUGUCGGCCACUAGCAUCCGAACUUGUAAGUACCUUGGCCCGAACCGAACAUUUAGGAGAAUGUCAGGGGUGGUCCACAUUACCCACUGGUGGUCCAUAUUACCCGCAUUUACGAUACUUGACACUUCAAACCCUCCCGCUGUCCACAUUUCAAGCUGUGCGUUCUCCACACUUGGUUUCACAAUGUACUCAAAGUGUAAAUUGUUUCUCUUGAAUCGACUGAUAAAGAUGACAUUAAAACGAGAACACGAGGAGUUGGCGUGAAAAUA